ACCCCGGUGCGACGUUGUGGAAAAUUUUAAUGCUGCUGUAUUGUGUACAUUAGAUGGAAAGAUGCAUACGUAUCAUAACUCCACCACCUCGGUGUACGAAAACUCAUCUGAAAGUGUCUACACACCCUACAGUGAUCGCAUAGAGACGUAUCUGGUGCCAGUUAUAUUUGCUAUUAUUUUCAUAGUAGGCGUCCUGGGCAAUGGUACUCUUGUUAUCGUUUAUGUAAGACACAGGGGCAUGCGAAAUGCGCCUAAUACAUACAUUUUCUCCCUGGCGCUGGCAGAUUUGCUCGUCAUACUCAUUUGUGUGCCGUUCGUAUCGGUUAUCUACACGCUGGAGUCGUGGCCCUGGGGCGAGGCUAUAUGCAGGAUAUCAGAAACAGGGAAGGACAUAAGCAUCGGCGUUUCUGUGUUCACUCUGACGGCGUUAUCGGCUGAAAGAUACUGUGCGAUCGUCAACCCAUUUAGGAAACUUCAGCUACGCAAACUCCCCUUGGUCUGUGCAACAAUCAUUUGGGCAGCUGCGCUAAUCUUCGCAGCACCAGCGGCGCUCUUUUCCAGCACUAUUACUCAUGAUAUCAGCAACAACGUAUCCAUUAUAUACUGCUCGCCAUAUCCUGAGGACUGGGAUAACUAUGCUAAAUGGAUGACAUUGACUAAAGCGAUCGUUUACUACGCGCUGCCGCUUCUCGUGAUCGCAUUCUUCUACUCGCUAAUGGCGCAACGAUUGCUAGCAAGUACCAAGGAGAUGCCGGGCGCGCUACACGGCGGGCAAGGCGAGGCGCAGGCAAAAGCCAGGAAGUCUGUAGCCUGCAUGGUCUUGAUAUUUGUUAUCGUGUUUUUCAUCUGUUUCCUGCCAUACCACGCACUUGAAGUAUGGUACUACCUUUCACCGACUGCGGAAUCAGAUUACAACGAUUUCACCCAUGCAUUGAGAAUAAUCGCUUUUUGUCUGAGUUUCCUCAACUCCUGUGUAAACCCGGUCGCCCUAUACUGCGUGAGUGGCGUCUUCAGGCAACACUUCAAUCGCUACCUCUGCUGCCGACGUGGUGCGCUCCACCCCACAUGCAGCUCUAGGCUGUCCAGAACUGCCAUAUGCGAGACCUCCUUUAGAAGCACCCAACGACACCGCUGCAAUAGGAAUCCCACGGAAAGCAUCGUAAUAUCGAAUUACGACUAUGGCAGCACAAAAAAGAAAAAUAACAUCAUAUCCAGAAACAGCAACGACGGAGUCACCAUCAUGACCGUCAGGGACCCCAGUGACUUCAUGAAUGACGUCAACGAAAAGUGUAUUGAAAGGUAGACAGUGAUCUAAAACUGACAAGUGAAUAGACAGUGAUAUACUACUACAAAUCAUUAAA